AUGGCGACUGCUCAAACUCCCACCUCUGGCCGACGGAAGCGAAGUCGUCUUGAAGAUGAACUAGACUUGUCACCCGCCGUCAAACCUAGCGUAAACGCCUCCGUCAAGAGGCGCCGUAUCGACAGUCUUGCAAACGCCUCGCCCUCUACCCCGAAAGGUUUCUCUGCUAUUACCUCUGCCAUUGGCGGCGCUCUCGGCCUGCUCCGAAAGGGGAACGCGAAUGGUAACACUCGCGCCAACCCGAUAAAACCAACUACCAAUCCCUCCUAUGAAGUACCCGAAUCUCCAAACCAUGAUGACGAAGCUACCAAAAAGCUAGAGAACCUUCCCAUAAAGCAUAAGAAGCUUGGCCUUAGACCCCCAAAUAAGAGCCUGCGUCCUCCCAGUAACGUCUAUGAUGUACCCGAUUCGGAUGAAGAGGCUAGCGGUGCUGGGGGGCAAGUAGAUGAGAGUCCUGAUGAGAUUCAGGCUUUAUCGCCGGUGAAGAAAAGUGUUGUAAGGACACCAAUUGCUUCAAAAAAGAAGAGUGUCAGUACGCGCUUAUUGGAGUCGCGGAAAAAGAAGCCAGUUGUCCCGGUCCAAGAUGAGACUACACAGGCAGAUACGCCAAAAAGAAAAGGGAGGACCCUGAGGACUCAGAAGAUAGCCGAUGCGCCUGUUCCUAGCACGGAGUUAACUCAGAUUCAGCUCCCAAGACACAAUGCGAAUGCGUCGCCCGCUAAGCUACCGCCUAUAAAGUCGAUACUGUCUCCUCGAAAGAAAAAGAUCGGUCGGCCGCGCAAGAAUGUCGCGUUCCACGACGGAGAGAGCGGGAAGGAAAACGAGAUUUUCUUCGAGGAUAUCCAGUCGAAACCCACGAAGCCGAAGGCUCAAGAAACGAAGGCCCAAGAAAAGGUCACGAAAGUUGUCACUGGUAAACCAUCGCCUGAGAAAGAAGUAAGCGAUGUACAAGAUAGUGAGGACGACGAGGUAUGCGCCAUAUGUUCCAAGCCGGACUCGGAGCCGCCAAAUGAGAUCAUAUUCUGCGAGAACUGUGACAUGGCUGUGCACCAAAAGUGCUAUGACGUCCCUGUUAUUCCGGAAGGCGACUGGAUCUGUAGGGAUUGCUCCCAGGACGAUGUUCUGACGGGUGCGAAAGCGGCACCAAAGAAGCAGAAACGCGUGACAAACGUGUCUCAAGUUCCCAGUAUUCCCAAUUUCGAGCAACAUCUGCGACAUAUGCAGCGUGUGUUGCUGGAUCGCUGUUCAGGAAACCGCUUCCUCAAGCUUUGUGGUCAGAGCGAAGCUUAUGACAAGGCUUUCCAGUUAGUAGAACAGACGGUCUUAGCCGGUGAAGGCAAUUCGAUGAUGGUCAUCGGUGCGAGGGGGUCCGGCAAGACAACUUUGAUGGAAGAAAUCAUCUCAAAUCUAAGAGCCGAACACCAGGAAGCAUUCCAUGUAGUUCGCCUAAACGGCUUCAUUCACACCGAUGAUAAGCUAGCUCUUAAAGAGAUAUGGCGCCAACUCGGCAAGGAAAUGAACCUUGAAGAUGACCUGAUAAAUAAGACGAGCAACUACGCCGAUACAAUGGCUUCGCUGUUGGCUCUCCUAUCUCAUCCUGCGGAAAUCAUGGGAGCCGAGGACGGCGUAACAUCUAAAUCUGUUGUCUUCAUCAUUGAUGAGUUUGAUCUGUUUGCAACACACGCGCGCCAAACCCUGUUAUACAACUUAUUUGAUAUUGCCCAGGCGAGGAAGGCCCCGAUUGCAGUGUUGGGGUUAACUACCAGAAUAGAUGUGGUAGAGAGUUUGGAGAAGAGGGUGAAGAGUCGAUUUAGCCACCGAUAUGUCUACAUGUCUCUUCCGAAGACCUUACAGGCCUACUGGGACGUCUGUAGACAAGGUCUAUCUGUAGAUGAGGAGGAUCUUGAGCGCGAAGGGUUCGACAUUGGUCUGGAAGGACUAUACGAGUUCCGUGAUUAUUGGGACAAGAAAAUCGAGACUCUACGUAAGAAGCCGAGUUUCGAGGAUCACCUGGAGUAUCACUACUAUACAACGAAAUCCGUACCGGCAUUUCUUACUUCAUGCAUCUUACCACUCUCAAUGGUUUCGACUUCCUCACUGGAUCUGGCAAUACCUUCGUCUUCGUCGAUGUGUGUUUCGCUAGCGCCUUCAGAAUCGAAACUUCAUCUUUUAGCAACACUAUCGGAUCUUGAGUUGGCACUGCUCAUCUCGGCGGCGCGUCUCGAUAUCGUUGCUCAUACCGACACGGUUAAUUUUGCCAUGGCAUAUGACGAGUAUAGUUCGCAGAUGGGCAAGCAACGGGUGCAGUCAGCUUCAUCCGGCAUGCUGGCCUUGGGGGCAGGCGCGAGGACGUGGGGUCGAGGUGUCGCCGCGGUGGCCUGGGAGCGGCUAGUGUCACUUGGUAUACUAAUCCCAGCCGGCAUAGGCGGCCGGAGUAACGCUGCGCAUGGCGGUCUGGAGGGCAAGAUGUGGAAGCUCGACGUCGCACUGGACGAAAUUCCUACGGCGUGCGAGCUGCCAGGAUUCCUUUCCCGAUGGUGCACCCAGAUAUAA